AUGUCUCGUCAUCCAAACGCCGUGAUCCUUCCCGAGCCUAUCCAUGUUUCACCUUUGAUCAGAUUAGGAAGAUGGGCAGCUCUGGGCUUGGGUAAGGAGAUUUUGUUAAAAUGUUUACGAUUUUUUAGGUGUUGUCUACGGAGCAUAUAGACUGAGUUACCUGAAGGAAUACCACGCUGACAUCAGAGCCUGGGAACACGAAAAGGCUGUCGCCAAGGCUGCUGAGGAGGCCAAGAAGAAGAAGUGGGCUUCUCAGGACGAGAUGAAGUACUUAAUGAAGGUAAGUAUAAGACGAGAGACGGUAUUGAGACGUUAUUAUACUCUUUUUGCAUGUAGCAUCUUAUAGAUAAUAUGAUAUUUUGAUGACCAAAACAGAUGACUGAUCUUUCACUUUCAGGUGGUCAAUAUUCCAUUCGAAGAGGGAGUCGCUCAGUUCGGAGUGGAAGAUCUGUACCGCGAGGAUUAG